GGCGAAGUUGGGAGCGAUGGGAGGGGAGCGCUCAGUGCUGCAGCUGGACGGUGGAGCGGCUCGUGUGGUGCCGGGCAUGACGAGAUGCUGCUCGCGGUGUCGGGAGUAAUAAUGAACGCCUUCAGUAAGUGCUGGGGAUGGAUGAGGGAGGUUUACCGGCAGCGCAGGGCGGAAUAACAGUGAGCCGUUGUGCCUCCAGGCUCCGCGAUGGUGUCACCUCUGCUAUCCGGACAGGGGACGCUGGCAGAGAAGUGACACACCGGCGUUGGAAUUUACACAACUGUCAGUCUCCGCGGUAGACGCGCGAGGGAGUAGAGACAUGGAGAAACAGAGCAGAGUCAAGGAGGAAAUGCCGACAUCGAAGGAGGAGAAGCGCAAAGAGAAGAAGCCCAAAUCGGGGAAGCUCUUCCGAAGGAAGUCGUUGAAGUCUGUGGGGAGUUUCAUGAACAGAAUCAUCAAAACUUUGGGCACUUUGACCCACUUUGGAGACGCGGACGCGCGGGACGCGGAGGACGACGACGGGGGGUUUCGGAAUGGCGCAUCUUGCACCCUCAGCGCCGGCUCGGGAACAGUCAGAGACGACGCACAUGUGACUUGGGAUCGCGCGGUGAAGAACAUCUCGAGCACGUCUUCCUCCCUGUGCACCGGCAGAGACAAACUGCUGCACCAAUUCGCAGAGAAAAUCCCAGGUGUCCUGGGGCUGAAGAACCACGGGAACACCUGCUUCAUGAACGCCGUGGUCCAGUGUCUGAGCAACACGGACCUGCUCGCAGAGUACCUGGGGCUGGAGCGGUACAAGCUGGACCUGAGUCAGACCAGAAUGAACGGGGUGGUGAAAGGUGAUGAGAUGCGGGUCGCCAAGGGAGAAGUCACGGCGCAGUUGGCAUCGCUCGUCAGGGCUCUGUGGACUCUGGAGUACACCCCACAGCUGUCUGUGGACUUUAAGACUAUAGUGUCCAAGUACGGAUCGCAGUUUCGUGGUAACUCCCAGCACGACGCCCUGGAGUUCCUCCUGUGGCUGCUGGACCGCGUCCAUGAAGACGUCAAUCAGGCCUCCCACAAUAACAACAACAGGUCCAAAGCCCCCGGAAAGGGCCCCGGUGGAGCGGAGGAGCUGCUGUUUCCUGACCCGUCCCAACAGCCCGGAGUCCAGCACAGCUUUGUCCAGGAACAUUUCCAGGCACAGUACAAAUCUUCACUGACAUGCCCCCACUGUAUGAAGCAGAGCAACACCUUUGACCCGUUCCUCUGCAUCUCACUCCCAAUUCCUCUUCGCCAGACCAGGUCGCUGUGCGUGAUUCUGGUGUUCAGCACCAAAGGACAGCGGUACCGGCGGGUCGGGCUGGCUGUGCCUCUGUUCGGCUCCGUGGCUUGCCUGAGGAGGAUGGCGGCUGACGAGGGGAAGAUUUCCCCAGACCAGGUGAUCCUGACGGAGGUGUACUCCACAGGCUUCCAGCGCUCCUUCUUCGAUGAGGAGGAUCUGACCAGCAUAGCUGACAAUGAUGUCAUCUACGCCUUCCAGGCUCCGCCCCUGUACAUCAGAGGAGGCUCUGCUCGGAUCUCAGGGUACCAUCACAGCCUCCCGUCAUCUCCGUACUCCUCUGGUCCCGAGGGUCAGAGGUUACCUUCCUCUGGGACCUUGUCUUCAGAGUUCCUCAACCAGGGCGUCCCCGUAAAGAUUCUGAUGUUGGUGUGCAACGCCUCAGGGGGCGGCCAACAGACUGUGAGGUUUGGACCUCCGUUCCUGAUGAGGGAGGACCGGUCUAUCUCCUGGGACCAGCUGCAGCAGAGCAUCCUCAGCAAGCUUUAUUACCUGAUGAUCAAUGGAGCUCAGGCGCAGAAUACCAGAGUGCUGUUCAACAUCCGCGUGGUGGGAGGAUCUGCGUUUUACAGCUACCUGUCUCCUCAGGACGGGCGGCCGCUCCACCACCCUGCUGUCGACAGAGCUCUGAAGCUCUGCUGCUCAGGAGGACCCCCACACGUGAAGCUCAUCAUCGAGUGGGAGCACAGAAUCAAAGACUGCCUGUUUGGUAACAUUCAGGAGGAGGUGGUGAAGGACGCGGACAGCGUGAGGAAUCAGCAGCAGCAGCACGUCCAGCAGUACAGCUGCACGUUGGACGAGUGCUUCCAGCUCUACACCAAAGAGGAACAGCUUGCCCCGGACGACGCCUGGAAGUGCCCCCACUGUAAGCAGCUGCAGCAGGGCAUGGUGAAGAUGAGCCUGUGGACGCUGCCGGACAUCCUCAUCCUCCACCUGAAGCGCUUCAGGCAGGUGGGGGAGCGGAGGAACAAGCUCACCACGUUCGUGCACUUCCCCCUGGCGGGCCUGGACAUGGCGCCGCACAUGGUGAGCCGCGGCCAUCAGCCCCCUCAGCCCCCUCUCCAGCCGGGCUGGACGCAGCCCCGACGGCCUGACCUGGCUCCUCCCGACUUCCUGUACGACCUGUAUGCUGUGUGCAACCACCAUGGAGGAAUGCAUGGCGGACAUUACACAGCCUUCUGUAGGAACUCGGUGGACGGCCAGUGGUACAGCUACGAUGACAGCAGUGCUGAAGCGGUGCCUGAAGCGGAGGUGUGCACGCGUGGAGCCUACAUCCUCUUCUAUCAGAGAAGAGACGCCAUCCCCCCGUGGUCUGCCAGUUCUUCAGUCACCGGUUCCACCAGCUCAUCCACCUCUGACCACUGGCUGGUCCGGCUAGCAGGGGGCAGUAAGAGGGGCAGCGUGGUGUCAGGAGGACCAGUACCUGGACCUCCGGGGCCCGUUCAGGCCCCAGAGUCUCCUGAGCUGCCAGUGUUUGGAGACGAACUGCCCAGAACAGUAGAAACAAAUGGGUUUGCAGCCAAGCCGUUAGUCCGCGGGAGCCAAGGCAGGAGUGUGAGCAUGAGAUCCCCAACGAAGCCCAAGGAGAGUCUGAGCAAAGUUCUGCCGCUGCGGUGGUCUUUUGGCACCAAGGACCGCAUUAGACACUCAGCCCAGACCCAGCCUGGGGAGCUGGUGGAGUACCUGGAGUCUGGGCGCCGCCCCCGAUGCACCAAAGACCCUAUAAUAGCACUGGUGGCCACCCCACCACAGAGGAAUGCCCCAGGAAGGGCCUUCGAAGUAGGACAGGACUGCAGCUCACCCAGCGGCAGCAGUCUCAGCUAUACUGACCGACCCGGCUCCGACACUUGUUACUCCCCCAAAAUACCGAAGGGACAGAGCCGAGCUUGUGUGGAGAGAAGCAUGAGCCAGGGUGUCGGCAACAGGGACGAUGGCUCUCUGAGGCAGAGGUCGUCUAAGAGAGCAAGGCCGGACCAUGGCAGGACCCUGGACCUCCAGCUUCAGAGAGGGGCCCUUCUGAUGGGUCACAUCAGCCACAGCGCACCUCAGAGCAGAGACUCCACAUUAGGAAGGACCAAGGGGGUGACUUUCAGGACGCAGAAGGACUCGUUACAGAUGGCCAUUCAACCCGGGGACAGGAGGGGCCAGAGGGGACAGGAGGGCCGCAGCCACGACAGCCUGCUGUCUUUUUUCAAACCGGGUUUCAUCAAGAAAGACAUUCCCGGUUCACCAAUCAAGGGGCACGACCAGCGUAUAAACGGCCACGGGCACCCGGAGAAACUGGCGAGCAGCAACCUAGCCAAACUGUCCCUCUCCAAUGGCACGCUGACCACGCCGAGCUGCGACGCCCAUAACUGCAAAGCGCAGCUGGUCAACGGAAAGGCCGGGAGUCACGACCCCGUGGACAUAAAGCGCGCUCACAGCUCCGGCAACAUCCAGACGAGGCUGGAUUUGACAUUUCGCAGGUGUGCCUCCCUGCAGAGGAACAGAGAGGCAGUGGCCCCCCCGGCCCACCGCGUCCCGCUGUCGGACAAGCCGAGCUACGCCACUCUGCAGCGCACGCGUUUCAGCACCACGUCCCUGGUCCCUCUGUGACAGCCCUGACUGACAGCUGACCACCACGACCUCUGCUGAUUUCUACGCUCGUCACCCAUCGGAGCUCCCAGCAGGAGGCGUCGCCGGAGACAAAGUACAUCCUCUCGCUCCCCUCCAUAGUGCUGUCAUAAGUUCUUACCCGUGUGUGUCUUAAACUAAAUCUAUGCAGAGUUGAAUUUACUGAGGAGGAACACUGCUGUAAUGUGAUUUUAUUUUUCCUCUCUUUAGUCUGCUGGUAACACGUGCUUUCGUUACAGCUGAGGGUGAUUCGGUAAAUUCAUAAAACCAUCAUCUGUUACAUGUGCUACAAUGUGUCAAAGUGUUAAACAUCUGCACUGUAAAUCGGCUGCUGGAACAACAUGCAUCAUUUGCUUUGUCAUCUUACUAUCAUGUUAUAUCACAAAUGCACUUUCUUCUUUUUUCAAAUCCAUAUUUUUCUGCACGAUCAGAGCUUAUGUGACAUUGCUAAUGAAGGAACAUCUACACUGCUGCAAAAAUUGGCAAAAAAAAGCUUUUUCUUUUUCUGUAUAUCUUCAAUUUGCAGCCAACAGAUAAUCAGCGGGAGAGGUGUGUGGCUGCUACACUAGAUGAAGAGAAUCUAAGUAAUACCUGUUAUAACUAUAAGUUGACGUGUGAGAAGCCCUUCCCCUUGAAAACACCUUUUCCUCUGGUUUUUGUUCGGGUGAGUUCUGUGGACGGUUGAAGAGUUUUGGCUCAUCAUGAAGCAGGAGGUGAGAUUGUUCAGACUACAGAGACGCUUGCAGAGCAAUAAAUGAUGUGAUUCUGUGUUUCCACCUCUGCUGAGCGACAACCCGAAUUUCUGUCUCUUUCAUUGAAGGCAGAUUUGAAUUCUUACUGAUAAAGUGCCAACGAUGACAGGACCAGCUUCAAAAGCUCAGUUUUUCUCUUUCAGGAUUGAACAGAGGAUUCACACACUGUGCACACACACACACACACUCACUCAUUCUGUCUCUGCAGACACAGGGAUGUAAUGAGUCCUGGUGGUAAUCAUGCUCCGCCACAUUCACAUGAAGUGUAAUAAAGUGGGCAGCACAGACAGUUGAUGCUCCUGUGUGUUUGAGUCACAGUCAUCAGUCUUCCUCACCGUUUCUGUCACUGGGGAUCAUUGGGGAACGUAAAGAGUCCAGAGUAUUUGCCUCCACUGUAACUGUGUUCAUGUCGUGUCGGUUAACAUCACGGUCUAACAACACUCUACCAAAAUCAAGUGAUAGGAAAUAAAGGAUGUUUUGGAGACAUUAUUUGGGGACUAUGUCUAGAUUAUAUUUUAUUAUUAACUUUUUUAAAAGUCUACAUUUUGUACCUGUAAUUAUGUAAUUAAAGUACCAGAUUUAAAACGCUAUGUUUCAGGCUCCUGUACCAGGUCAGACUAAUACGUGCUGUAACUGGGGUUUGAAUUGGACACGACACACAGACGUCCUUGUACUGGACUCUCUAUAAUAUCUGCUUAAUGCACUGCAAGUUUUAUGGAUUGCAAAUUAAACACGGCUUUUCUCACAAACGAA